AUGUCUCUGAUGUCUUCCCUUCUUCUCUCCCUCCUCCUCCUCCUCGACCCGGCCGCGGCGGUGCGGGGCGAGCCCGGGCUCCUCCUCGCGAAGCACGCCCCCGCCUCGGUCGUGGCCGCCCCCGGCCUGAGCGGCAGCGGCGGCGGCGGCGGCGGCGGCGGCGGCGAGCAGAAGGCCGCGGGGGCGGCGCUCUUGGCCACGCCCCGCGCCCGGCGCUCGCUCGCGAGUACCGACACGUACGGCACGAUCUUUGGGCGCAAGAUCGGGCAGACGAUGCAAAUCUUUGCGUACUCGAGCGACACGGCAACGAUCGGUACGUCCGGCGUGCUCAUCGACGCGGACACCGCCCUCUCCUGGCAAACCGUCGAGGUCGCCUUUGCCAACGGCGUGAUCGAGAGCGUCGCCGCCGAGAACGGCCUCACUGCGACUAUCAAAACGAACAACAAGGAAGUCGGCGUCGGCGACUUGGGUGGCUCGGGCAAGUCCCACCCCGCCGGCCUCGUGAUUGCGUCGCUGCUCGAUGAGCUCGUGGCCGAGGUGGCCGAGGUGGCGGAAGUUGGCGACGAGGUGGACGAGGGUGAGCUUCAGAAGGAGCUGGAGAAGCUGGUGAUUGAGCGUAGCGGCUCGCCGUUGCUCGAGGACACGGGCACAUGCGAGGCCGCCGAGCUCGAGCUGCGCGCAGACGGCUACGGCGCGGUGCGCGGCGACGACGACGGGCCGCAGGUCUACAGCCUGCCGUUGAACGAGCUGCGGCGGCGCGUGGCCGACGGCGAGGACGCGUGGCCGGGCGAGGCGCAGAUGGCGUGGGAUCAGCGCGUGAUGCGCGAUCGGCUUGCACGCGGCGUGCCUCUCGGCGACUACCUCCAGGAGCUGCAACAGCUGCUGCGCGAGCCACCGCGCGAUUUGAUUGCCACCCACGAGCUCGCGAACUAUGGCAGCAAGCCCACUGAUUGGCGGCCACAGGGUAGAAACAUCGCGCCGCCGCCACCGCCACCGCCGCCGCCGCCGCCGCCAGCUGCAUUGCCGCCACCGCCACCCGCCAAUGACCCGUGCCGCUGCACAACUUGUGGCCACAUCCUACCUAUUUGGAACUGCAAUGCUGGAUGUGAAUGCUUCUAUUCUGACCGGGAGGCGCUGCAGCUGCACAAGGCCUAUGAUUGCUCGCCGGCGUGCACACCGCGCUGGUCGCAAUCACUGGUUAACGUGAUGUCCGGCUCCGUCGAACCAUGUGCGUAUUGUACCAAGUACGCGGCCGGCCACUGCAUCGGAUUGGGCGCCUUCCCAGAUCUGGAGACGCAGCAGCAGCAGCGCAGGCUCGAGCUCGAGGCGCAGCACAGGAGCGCAGGUACGCUGCCGCCGCCGGCGCCGCCAGCGACAAGUGGCAGCAACCGCCUCCUGCAGGCAUUUGACGAGGGCGACAUGCCGUACUAUUACUACAAGGACACGUCGUACAACCUCGCGUGCAAAUACGAACUACUCGACACCAGCGUCGCCAAUCCGGAGUGGGCGCGCGAUCCGCCAGCCGACGUGGCUGUCACCGAGGGCAAACCACCGGAGCGCUCCGAGUACGACCUCGGUGAGCACGGGCAGAAAGCAUAUCAUCGGCACCGCGCGCGGUGGUACAGGGAGCACACAUGCAAGGAGCUCACCGGCAGCCUUGAGGAGCAGAAUGAGCAGUGGGACAACUACAAGCGCGACUUCCGCGCAGACGCCGCACGUGGCAAUAGUGCUCCGCUCGAGAGGCGGCAUGUUAUUGAACCACUCUGGGAUUAUCCAGAUUGA